UUUUUUAGACCAUUCCAAGUAAUGAAAACCCCUUUUAAAAUUGUGAAAUUACUCCUUAAAAGUGGAAAUCACUCCUAAAAAGUGGAAAUUACUCCUAAAAUUGAGUCAUUAUCAUAAGAGACAACUCUUUUUCGAGUUGUCACUGUCUUAAUACACGUAUAUGGCUCCUUGAAAGAAGAGACAUUUUACUCUUCUGGAGUGGUUUUGACCCGUUUUAAGUAAUUCCCCCCCCCCGGUGAUUCACUGGUAUUCGUUUGGAGUGGAGUCCACUCUUUUUGUAGUGAUUUCCCCCCUUGAGUGGUUUACAUUGGAUUCACUCUUGUAGAGUGAUUCCCCCCCCCCCUCAAGUGGUUUUAUAGUGGAUUCACUCUUUUGGAGAUAAGGUUUUCACUCUCAUGCAAGUAUAGAGCAAGGCUUAAUAUAGAGCACUUAAUUGCGAGUUUUAAUUAACUGUUCUGAAAUACGGUUUAAGUUUCAUUAGUUACUUUCGUCAUUAUGUACAGCGCUUAAUUUUGUACUGGCCUUGCCGCCGCAUCUGUCACCGUGCGGAUGUGUCGCCAUCUUGUCAAAUGCAGUGAUGCGUGCAUGCCUACUUUAACCCAGGGACAGCUGCAUGAUAGUUUCACGUGUAAAAAACUGUUCCCUGUAGGCCUACAUGUGCGCUUGCGUAAUAAUUUGAUUUAUUCGUACGAGCGUGCCUAGUAGUAAAAGGCUAAAUAUUCAGUGACUGGAAGGUGAUGGCGAAUUCACUGAGCUUUCGGUCAUGACUAUUAUUAGGAGGUAGGUUAAUGAUCAUUAAUGUCAAGACUAUUAUAAAUCUUUCCACUAAUUCAGCAACAGUUCUGAUGAACCGACUUUUCAGAAUAUAUACAUAGUUGUAUACAAUGACUUCGUCGCCCAAGAGCCACUGGGAAUGGCUGGAAGAGACGGAGGCGUUGUUCACCAGGUUGGAGGCGGAGCCAGGAUGGACGCAGAUGAGGAGUACAAAGACUGACCACCAGACCAAGUACCUUUUCUCCCGGGCAGUGACAGAGAACGGGCCCAUCAUCCAUUUUGCGUUAUUCCUGCACGAAAAAGACGGAAAGCUGCGGGGCCUGUGUCAGUUUGGGGAGGAUGCCAACUCUUUCAUGAAAGGAUCGGUUCACGGUGGUGCCAUUGCAACAAUGCACGACACCACGACGGGCGUUCUAGCGAUGAACAUGGGCACCAAGAAGAUGUACACAGGCUACCUCAAUACUACAUUCCUCAGGCCUAUUAGGGUGAGGUCGACUGUCCUCAUGGAGGCCGUCAUCGACAAAGUGGACGGCAAUAAGACGUUCUUGAAAGGGUACCUGAAGAGUCCCGAUGAGAAAACAGUCUACUCAGAAUGCACAGCUCUGUAUGUGAAUGCCGAUAAGGCUGCUGGAAGUAACAUGUAAUUGGAUAUUUUGAAGGAACUAUUAUGAAGUGUUAUAAUCUCUUAUUAUUUCUCUGUUGUUUCACCGACUUCUAAGUUUUGUUAAUUUUCACGUUUAUAAUCCUUCCUGUUUAUUCAGAUACUAAAGUUGAACACUGAAAGUCAAAAAUCACCGUAGCCGUAACUUAUCGUCAGAUUGUGCCAUGCGCCUACGGGUAAACUAAACACAAAAGCAAGUGUGCAGCCAGUAUAGACCUUUUUCACCCACGUGACUAAAUGUAAACAAUACCACCACGUGUGGACCGCCUUGACCACGGUGA